AUGGAUUAUGUUCGUAUGCCAUGUUCCUCACGUUAUGUUAUGAACAAUGGAAAACCUGUGUGGUCAAUUAUUCAGCAAUCAUUGUUGCGUCUUCAACAAAUGAGUGCUGCCCGUAGUGCCACUUAUCAUGACCUAGCAGGUGGAGGUGCUUUAGGCUCUGGUUGUGUACAAGAAGAAAUUCGUUUUAGUAUUUGUCCUGAAAUGCUUGUUAGUUUACUUGUUUGUGAAAUGAUGGGAAAAGACGAAUGUGUAUUUCUUAUUGGUUGUGAACGAUAUUCAUCAUACAAAGGUUAUGCAAGCAGUUUUGAAUUUGCUGGUGAUUAUAGAGAUAACACACCUAAAGAUAAUUGGGGUCGAAGAUGGUGUCACGUAGUGGCUAUGGACGCUAUUUAUUUUCGUAAUCCAUCAGCACAAUACGAUAAGAAAUGUAUAGAUCGUGAAUUGAUCAAAGCAUACACAUGUUUUCGUUCCAUAGAAGCGGCAGCAACACACGAUGCCUUGUUUGGUAUCGCUACAGGAAACUGGGGUUGUGGGGCAUUCAAUGGCGAUAAACAACUGAAAGG